UGAACUGAACCUCCUCGAAAAUUGUUAAAAGCUGCACCACUAAAACCCCAGAUGAGAAAAACUCUGAAACCCCUUUGUUCCAUUUCUGCUUCCAAAUCCAACAACAAUACCCCACCCAAUGGCACAAACCAUUUUUUCUUCUUCAAACUACCAAUCCCUCAAUCAAAUUCGUCUCAGUUCCAAAUAAGUCGAUGUUAUUCAGACCCAUUUUAUUCAAAUUUUCCACUUUCCCAGGUACCCAAAUCAAAAAGAUCCAAUCUUUACUUAAAUUUCACUUCAAAACCCAAAAGGGUAUUUUCUACUCUUAACAUCCCACCUCCAGAAUGGGUAAAUCCAUUCGUUGAUCUUUCUGAUUUAGUUACAGACCCUAAAGAUCUCAAAAUAUCACCAUGGGUCCCACAAAUUUUGAAUCUUUUAGACAAUUCACACUCAAUGGAGCAGAAUUUAGAUGCUUAUUGUUGCAAAUUUUUGAUCAAAUUGUCUCCCAGUUUUGUUGCAUAUGUGUUGAAGUCAGCUGACCUUGCUGGUAAGCCUGAUAUCGCGUUUCGUUUCUUUUAUUGGGCUGGUAAGCAAAAAGGGUAUGCUCAUAAUGUUGAAUGCUAUGUGUUUUUAAUUCAGAUUUUAUCUGCUUCACGCGAAUUGGAUAGAAUUAAGCAUGUGUUUAGUGAAUUUAAGCUUAAAGGUAGUGGUUUGUUGAUGAAUGUGGGGUCGGUUAAUUCAUUGAUUAGGAGUUUCGGAGAACUUGGGAUGGUUGAAGAAUUGUUAUUUGUGUGGCGUCGAAUGAAAGAAAGUGGUAUUGAGCCUAGUUUGUAUACCUAUAACUUUUUGAUGAAUGGAUUGGUGAAUUCCAUGUUUAUUGAAUCGGCUGAACGCGUUUUUGAGGUUAUGGAAAGCGGGAAAGUUAACCCGGAUAUUGUUACGUAUAAUACUAUGAUUAAAGGGUAUUGUAGGUCAGGGAAGCUUCAAAAGGCAAUGGAGAAAUUUAGAGAUAUGGAGGUUAGGAAAGUGGAAGCUGACAAGAUUACGUACAUGACUCUGAUGCAAGCGUGUUAUGGGGAGGAAGAUUUUGAUGCUUCUUUGGGACUUUAUCACGAAAUGGAGGAAAAGGACUUGGAUAUUCCACCACAUGCUUAUACGUUAGUGAUUGGAGGGCUUUGUAAAAUUGGGAAGGUUUUGGAAGGGUUCACUGUUUUCGAGAAUAUGGUCAAGAAGGGUUUUAAACCUAAUCUGUCGAUUUAUACUUCUUUGAUUGAUUCAUACAUGAAACUUGGAAACUUGGAUGAGGCGAUGAGGCUUUUCGACAGAAUGAAGAAUGAAGGAUUUGAACCAGAUGAGGUAACAUUUGGGGUUAUUGUAAAUGGUUUAUGCAAGAGUGGGAGGUUGGACGAGGCAAUGCAGUGGCUCGAGUACUGUCAAAAUAACAAUGUAGCUAUCAACGCCAUGUUUUAUUCAAGUCUUAUUGAUGGUCUAGGAAAGGCAGGGAGAGUUGACGAGGCCAGAGAACUCUUUGAGGAGAUGGCCGAGAAGGGAUGUACGCGUGACUCUUAUUGUUAUAAUGCGCUUAUUGAUGCCUUGGCCAAAAAUGGGAAAAUCGAUGAAUCUUUGGUGCUUUUUAAGAGAAUGGAAGAUGAAGGUUGUGAUCAAACAGUUUAUACAUAUACAAUAUUGAUCAGUGGCUUGUUUAAAGAGCAUCAAAAUGAAGAGGCAUUGAAAUUGUGGCAUAUGAUGAUUGAUAAGGGUAUAACUCCAAAUGCCGCUUCUUUUCGAGCGCUUUCAACUGGGCUUUGUCUUUCUGGGAAGGUGGCAAGAGCGUGUAAGAUAUUGGAUGAGCUGGCACCAAUGGGCGUUAUCCUUGAGACAGCUUUUGAAGAUAUGAUUAAUGUUCUGUGCAAGGCAGGUCGUAUAAAACAGGCUUGCAAAUUAGCUGAUGGGAUUGUGGAUAGAGGUCGAGAAAUUCCUGGAAAAGUUCGUACUAUCUUGAUUAAUGCCUUGAGAAAGACAGGGAAUGCUGAUAUGGCGGUGAAGUUGAUGCAUAGUAAGAUUGGCAUUGGAUACGACAGGCAGGGUAGUAUUAAAAGGAGAGUAAAGUUCCGAGUACUGGUGGAAAGCUGAGGCCUGAGGGUAAAGCUGUAUAUCAGGGGGUUACUAUUGGGACAUUCAAGAAUGGUAUUAUGCUACUGUCAUGGUUGAUUACAAAAUUAGAAAGGAGCGUGUUGGUAACGCAAUGAUGGUUAUUACGUUCCUGUUUGGUUAAUGUAAGGCAAAAUCAAUGAUGUGAUCAAAUAAGCAAUGAACCUGCCAUUUGACAAAGGUAUGCAUAUCAGCCACUUUAUGGAGUUCUAACAAGCAAAUAAAGAGUUUCAGCUUCAUUCAUUGGUGCAGCAUCGUUGGGGAGCUUUGGAGUAUUUUGCAGAAGGAUUUUUUCGACUCCAGCUUCAAGUAGUGCAUCAUCAUUGAGGAGUUUUUGACUCUUAUCAAUUGAAGCGCCACUAUUUUCGACUUCCAUUGCAUAUUGAUAGAGAAGAAAUCAAUGACUCAAAACUUACAGGUAAU